GAAUUCAAGGAAGCAGAAAAAUCUCCGAAAGAUCCUCUCGUUCCGUCACCGACAUCCCUCACAGACCAAUCAAAUCGAUCCACCUCACCAGGAACAAAUGAGAUCCUCCGCCACCAGCAUUACUACAACCACCAAAGCCGCGAACAGCCCCCUUAUAACCUUCGAACACAAGAGGGAUGCGUAUGGAUUUGCAGUGAGACCUCAGCAUGUGCAAAGAUACCGAGAAUAUGCUAAUAUCUACAAGGAAGAAGAGGAGGAAAGAUCAGAUAGGUGGAAUGAUUUCUUGGAACGCCAAGCAGAGUCUGCUCAAUUGCCUGUCAAUGGGAUAUCAUCAGAGGAAGGCAAGGAGGCCUCACAGGCUGAAGCUGCGGAGGAUGGGAACAAUGAAGUACAGAAGGAAGCUGAAGGAGAUGAUUUAUGUGAAAAGAAGCCUGGUUCUGCUAGUCUGUCUGAGAAUGACACAGAAAAAGACAAGGUACAGUCUGCUCCAGAGAAAAGAGUUCAUCGGAUUCAAAUAUGGACUGAAAUUAGACCAUCCCUUCGAGCAAUUGAAGAUAUGAUGAGUAUUCGUGUAAAGAAGAAAGGCAGUUUAAAAGAUGAGCAAGAAACGGGUAGGGGGAAGCCGCUAACUCCUACUGAUGAGGCUAGAUUCCCAAAGGGUGCAUCAGAGGAGGAUUCUGAGGAUGAAUUUUAUGAUGCAGAGAGGUCUGACCCAGUUCAGGAUGCCUCUACAGGUGACAGCACGAGUACCACAACAGGUGCUGCUGCUGCUGUGGAUACAGCUCCUACAGAAUCUUUAUUUCCCUGGAAAGAAGAGUUGGAAGUUCUUGUUCGUGGUGGAGUGCCAAUGGCUCUUAGGGGAGAGCUUUGGCAAGCCUUUGUUGGUGUAAAGACACGCCGAGUGGACAAAUAUUACCAGGAUCUGCUUGCUAAUGAAAAUAACUCUGGCAAGAACACUGAACAACAGAGCUUGCAGACAGAUAGUAAGGAUCAAACCACAGAGUCCAUAGGAGGGCCUGAGAAAUGGAAGGGGCAGAUUGAGAAGGAUUUGCCCCGAACAUUCCCAGGUCACCCUGCUCUGGAUGAUGAUGGUAGAAAUGCUUUGAGACGGUUGCUUACAGCCUAUGCUCGACAUAACCCCUCUGUAGGAUACUGUCAGGCCAUGAAUUUCUUUGCUGCCUUGUUACUCCUCUUGAUGCCUGAAGAAAAUGCCUUCUGGGCUUUGAUGGGCAUUAUUGACGACUAUUUUGAUGGCUAUUACUCAGAGGAAAUGAUUGAGUCUCAGGUUGACCAACUUGUUUUUGAGGAGUUGGUGCACGAGAGAUUUCCCAAACUGGUCAAUCAUCUAGAUUACCUGGGAGUGCAGGUGGCAUGGGUUACUGGACCGUGGUUCCUUUCCAUUUUUAUGAAUAUGCUUCCAUGGGAAAGUGUGCUUCGAGUCUGGGAUGUGCUACUGUAUGAAGGGAACCGCGUUAUGCUUUUUAGGACAGGACUUGCUUUAAUGGAGUUAUAUGGCCCUGCACUGGUUACAACUAAGGAUGCGGGAGAUGCAGUUACUUUACUACAGUCAUUAGCUGGCUCGACAUUUGACAGCAGCCAACUCGUAUUGACAGCUUGUAUGGGUUACCAAAAUGUAAAUGAAAAAAGGUUGCAUGAGUUAAGAGAGAAGCAUCGUCCGGCUGUAAUAGCUGCAAUUGAGGAAAGAUCAAAGGGACUUCAAGCUUGGAGGGAUACUCACGGCCUGGCAUCUAAGCUAUAUAAUUUUAAGCAUGAUCCUAAGUCAAUGCUUAUGGAAACAAAUAAGACAGGACGAUUGGUUGACUCACAAACAAAUGGGAAUCUCUCUCGUUCAGAGUCUGGAUCCACUAAUGCAGAUGAAGUUCUUAUUAGUCUGACAGGAGAUUCUGAGUUGGAUGCUGUUACUGAUCUUCAAGAGCAGUUGGUGUGGUUAAAGGUUGAGUUGUGCAGAUUGCUGGAAGAGAAAAGAUCAGCUGUCCUCAGAUCUGAGGAGCUGGAGACCGCUUUGAUGGAGAUGGUUAAGCAGGAUAAUAGGCGUCAAUUAAGUGCUAGGGUGGAGCAAUUAGAGCAAGAGGUUGCUGAGCUUCGUAAGGCACUUGCUGAGAAGCAAGAACAAGAAAAUGCAAUGCUUCAGGUCCUAAUGCGGGUAGAGCAAGAGCAAAGGGUAACAGAAGAUGCUCGCAGAUUUGCUGAGCAAGAUGCAGCAGCACAAAGAUAUGCUGCUCAAGUGCUUCAGGAAAAGUAUGAAGAUGCCAUUGCUUCACUUGCUGAAAUGGAGAAAAGAGUGGUAAUGGCAGAAUCAAUGUUGGAGGCUACCUUACAGUACCAGUCUGGACAAAGUAAAGCACAACCCUCUCCACGAUCAUCAAAUCCAGAUUCACCAGCACGCAGCAAUCAAGAGCUCCAACAAGAAAUUCCUGCACGAAAGAUUAGUUUACUUUCUCGACCAUUUGGACUUGGCUGGCGUGACAGGAACAAGGGAAAGCCGAGUAGUGGUGAUGGGGUAAAUGAUGGGAAGCCCUCUAACGUGGGACAGAAUACAGAAAUCCAGCAUAAAGACACAAAUGCUAAGGAAACGAAUGGCAAGGACACGAAUGGCAAGGACACGAAUGACAAGGAAACAAGCAGCAUCGAAAUUCAAGUUAAGGAGUGAGAGAAUUGCGAGUUUGUCGUGUUAAUACCUGCAUGCAUUUCCUUGUUUUGCUGGCUCCAGUUCUUCCAUUCAUUGGCCAUUUGGUACAUAAUUUUUCUGUAACAUUGGCAAUUCAGGAAGAGAGUAUAGAGUAGUUUGCUUGUCUGUAAUUUUUGAUUGGAAAACCAUUAUAAUGCUCAUAUCCAUUAUUGUUUGUUCGUUUCUUAGAUAGUAAUAGUAAUAAUAGUUGGUAGACCUGAGGAGAAUGUAAGAACAUGAGAUAAAUAGCGAAUCAACUGUAAGUAUAUGGGGGGGUUUGUAAUCUCAGUUUAUAUCUUCAUUUGUAUAUUUCUGUUCUCUCC